ACAAAUGUAAUAUAUUGAAAGAAAAUUUGUAACGUUUUAAUGAGUCAUUUUUCAAAACAACAGAACGAUUACGUGAUUAUUCAUCGAGCACGAUUUAACAGGCUUUGCGCGUUAAACGAAUCGAUCAAAUCUUUUAUAGAUAAACAAAUUUUCAUCCGUAUACCUAAAUUAACUACAAAUGUUUUUCUAAAAAUACGUGUUAAAAAGGAUCACUCGUAAUUACUUUCAACGUACGGAAUGUAAAAUUAAUAAUUUUAUUUCUUAAUCGUUUAAAGACAACGAUGACAAAAUUUCAACGUAAUCGGCGUAAAUACAUAUUUAGAUCGUUGUCUAAUCGAUCAACACAAUUUUUCAUUUGUCAUGUUAGCAAAAUCAUAUAAAAUAGAACAAACAGAAUAUUCGAAAAUGUAAUGUAAGUUUUAUAGGUUUCUGAUUGGUAAGAGAUGCUACUUUCUAUUGAAAUUCUCGAUAUUAAAGUUUGAACAAAUCAUCAUGAAGUGGAAACGAGAAUCCACGGAAUUUUUAUCGGAGAAAACUUUCUUGAUAAUAAGGGACAAUUUGGAUAACUGCGAAGCACCCGAAAAGACGAAAAAUAAAAAGAGUAAGAAGAGCAAUAGCAAUAGCAGUAGCAACAGCAGUAGAGAUAGGUCCACUGACGAAGAAAGCGAUGGUUCACAAGCGAGAUUGCCGUUAGGAAACACGAGUACUUGGCCACCAAAGAUAAAAAGAUCUCAUUGUCAGCAAAUUUACGAGGAAAUCGAAAGACCGAAAACCGCGAAUCUUGACAAACCUAGCAUCCUAAAUCCAGAAUUGGUCGACAAGCUCGAUAUGUCCUUGCUGAGUAAGGAAUUACUUAGCGAUUCUAUGACGCGUUACCACCAGCAGCAGCAGCAGCAGCAGCAGGUGACGAAGACGAUUAGUGGGGGCAACUCGAGCAUCGUAAUUUUCCCUUCCAAUCGUCCUCGACAAACUGUUCUUCUCGGUUUCCAACAACAACAGCACCAACACCUUCGACCUGCUUGGAACGAUCGCAUAGCUUUACAUCAAAAACGUCGUAGUUUCGAACAAAUACUCAAUGUGAAAAUAACUCAAAUAGAAACUAUACCGGAACCGACGAAAAUGCAGAAGAAUUCUCGUAUUGCUAAUCAAGAAAAUUGUCAUCUUGGAAAGAAAUUAUCCUUGGACGUUAAGAAAUUCGAUAAUAAUAAUAAUAACAGGAAUAAUGCAAACGGACCGAUCAAAGUUCAAACAUUAUCAUCUCUGAAAAAAAAAAAUUCACGAACCAACAUGUCGGCCGACGUCGAAGUCUUCACGAGUUUGACGAGCAAAAACGUUCCAGAGCCGUGUAGAACUUGCGGAAGAUCGGAUCAACCGGAAAGAUUUCAUAGUCAUCCGAAGGAUGGAAGACCUGGGAAAACAAAGAUUGCUAUUACUUCAGUAUCCCCAAAAAGUUCGAAGGUGUCGGUACCAAAGACCAUACAGAAACCAAUGCCAUUGAAUUUUCGCAGUGAUAAAAAUAGGACAAAUAAAUUGGAGGAAGCUUUGACGGUUCGAGAUGUUCAAAGUACAAAGAAUAAUCCUGAAGAAUCAUCAAAUAAAUCAACGAGAGCAUCUUCGGCUCCGAUAAGAAAAGGACCAAAAACAGUAACUUGUUACAUUUGCGGUCGUGAAUUCGGCACUGCUGGUUUCCCCAUUCACGAACCCAAAUGUAUGGAGAAGUGGGAACGAGAAAACAAUUCUUUGCCAGUUUCCCAAAGACGAGCUAGACCUAAACGACCGGAAGUUGCGAUUAAUCAUUCGGAAUGGAACGCAGUUGCUUGGAAAGAGAGUCAGACACAAUUGGUUCCUUGCUCGAAAUGUGGAAGAACAUUUUUACCAGAACGUUUGUCAAUUCACUCGAACAGUUGCAAAGCCAGUCCAAAGAAUUUGGAUAAAGAGAAAACCGAGAAAAUAGAUAUUUUAGAAAAAUCUUCAACGAUUUCCACACGAAGCGGUCCUCCUAUGGUACCUUGUCAGAUUUGUGCUAGAAAUUUUAGUACAAGAAGCAUAAAGAUUCACGAACCACAGUGCAUGAAACGUUGGAAAAUGGAAAAGGAAAAUAAAGCGGCGAAUUCUCAAAGGAUUUCGUCUCACAAAGAAAAAUCUGACCCUACUGGGAAUAUACAGGACAAUACUUCGGACAACCCUAUUGGGGAUACUACUCAAAAACGAAUGAUCACCUGUUAUAUUUGCGGUAGAGAUUUUGGAAGUGUUAGCAUAGCCAUACACGAACCGCAAUGUUUGAAAAAAUGGCAUUUGGAAAACAACAAAUUAUCGCCUAAACAAAGAAGGAAGGAACCCCAAAAACCAGAUAUUAUUUAUACGAAAGAUCCGUCUACAGGAGAUGCAGUAGUAGAUAUUGCAGCGAUGGCGGAAGCUAGUUGGAAAACUCAUCUGAAUCAAUUAGUUCCAUGUAAAAAUUGCGGAAGAACUUUCAAUCCCGAUCGUGUAACUAUUCAUGAAAAAAGUUGUAAAGGAAAUCGUUAAAGAUUUCUCAUCGUACAUUUUUCAAUCUCAUAACAUAUAGAAUAACAUUUUCUGAAGUAUAACAGUAAUAAUAAUCAUACAUGAUCACACAUACAAAAACAAAAAAA